CGUCUUCCGACAAAUACCCACAAUUGUCGUGCUUUCUCUCUCUCUCUCUCUUUCUCGUUCUAGCUCAGUGAAGAAGAAGGAGAGUGAGAGAUCGUCUUCCUCAAAGGAAAUGGAUUUGUCUGGCGAGAACAAUAUUCCUACUAACCCAAAAGUGAGAAAAUUUGGAGUUGAGAUCAGACCGAACCCAAAUGCUCGAAGAGUUGUUAGUUCGAUUAACAAGAAUCUAGUGUCUCUUCAUCCUUAUCCUCGGGUUGUUAACAAAAGAGCUAUUCCAAGUGGUGAUAGUUUGAAGAAUGAAGUAAUUCACAGACCAAUCACAAGGAAAUACGCAGCUCAAAUUGCGACCGCCAAUCAACCAAAGAAACAACCAGAUUCAUCAUCAUCAUUUACUGUAUGGGAAGAUAUUCCAUUCCCAAGCAAUGAUGAACAACAGCAUGUUCCAAUGUCCUUGGAGUUGGAAGAACAACCAGAAGCAACAAUGGCGGAUGAGAAAGACAACAACAUGGAGAUCGAAAUGGAAGACAUAUUCGACGAAACAAUCUUGGACAUUGACGGUCCUGAUGCCAAGAACCCUCUUGCUGUCUCUGAAUAUGUUACCGAUCUUUAUUCUCACUACAAAAGAAUUGAGAAAACAGUUUCAUCAGAUUACUUAUCAAUUCAAUCGGAUAUCAGUGAGAAUAUGAGAUCUAUUCUAAUUGACUGGCUGAUUGAGGUACAUCACAAGUUUGAUUUGAGGGAAGAGACACUGUUUCUGAUCAUUAAUGUUAUUGAUAGAUUCUUGUCUAAAGAAUCUGUAAUGAAGAAGAAUCUUCAAUUAGUCGGUUUGGUUGCUAUGCUUUUAGCUUGCAAAUAUGAGGAAGUUUCUAUUCCUGUUGUGGAUGAUCUUAUUUUCAUCUCAGACAAGGCUUAUACAAGAAAAGAUAUUCUUCAAAUGGAGAAAUUGAUGCUUAAUAAAUUACAGUUCAAUAUGUCAGUUCCAACAGCAUAUGUAUUCAUUAAAAGGUUUCUCAAAGCUGCUGAAUCAGACAAGAAGUUGGAGUUCAUGUCAUUAUACUUGACCGAACUGAGUCUGGUGAAUUACAAAAUGCUGAAAUUUUCUCCAUCUUUCUUGGCGGCGGCGGCGAUUUAUACUGCUCAGUGCACCUUGUACGGGGUUAAGCAAUGGAACAAGACUUGUGAAUGGUAUUCAAGUUAUUCAGAGGAUCAGCUUCUAGAAUGUUCGAAAUUGAUAGUGGGUUUUCAUCAAAAUGCAUCAACUGGAAAAUUAACAGGGGUGUAUAGGAAGUAUUCAAUGUCCAGAUUUGGAUAUGCAGCAAAAUCUGAACCUGCUCUGUUCUUGCUAAUGGAUGAAUAAUGAUAUUAUUAUUAUUAUUAACUUACCAAGGAAGAAGAGAGAGAGAGAGAUUUACUUAAUUGCUAGCAACAAAUUGUUGUCUGCGUGUAGGUUAAUUCUUGAAUCAAUCUGAAUAUAAUAAAAAAAAUUUGAUGUAUUUGAAUUGUUAUUUGGCUCAAUUUCAUU